AGCAUCUUGACAGAGGUCCACCGCACCCACUGGAAGCUGGAGGUUGCCUGGGAAGCUGGAGCAUCCCAGUUUUUCUGUCACCAGUGAACAAAAACACUCACAGCCUUGGGUGGCCCUGCUGAACAGACAUGGGAUCCAGGCGGGGUGAGAGUGGCCAUUCAUCGCUGAGUUAGCUGACUCUGGUCUCCAUUCUAUUGUAUUCUAUUUUUUUUCUAUUUUUUUUUUUUUUUUUUAAAUCAUCAGCCCAUGAGACAACACCAUGGCUAAGCAGUACGAUGUGCUCUUCCGACUCCUGCUCCUAGGGGACUCGGGGGUUGGGAAAACAUGUUUGUUAUGCAGAUUCACGGACAACGAAUUUCACCCCUCACACAUCUCCACCAUCGGCGUGGACUUCAAAAUGAAGACACUAGUAAUAGAUGGUAUCAAGGUCCGAAUACAGAUAUGGGAUACAGCGGGCCAGGAACGAUACCAGACCAUUACCAAGCAGUACUACAGACGAGCACAGGGAAUCUUCUUAGUGUACGACAUCACGAGCGAGCGAUCUUUCCAGCACAUCAUGAAGUGGGCCAGCGACGUGGACGAGUACGCUCCGGAGAAGGUCCAGAAGAUUCUUGUGGGCAACAAGUCAGACGAUGUGGAGAAGAGGCAGGUGGCCACAGAGCAAGGUGUCAAGUUGGCCAAGGCCUAUGGGAUGGACUUCUUUGAGACAAGUGCCUUCACCAACCACAACAUAACGGAGACUUUUACACGGCUGGCCGAGCAGGUGCUGGCGGCCAACAAAAAGGACCUGGAUCUGCUCCGGAUAUCCCUCAACGAUGAGCUGAACCUCACCGCUCUGGAGGAAGAGGAGGGCCUGUGCGACGGUGGAAGCGACGAGCAGCACAGAGCCUGCUGGUGUUAAGGAACAUCUCGUGCUCCUAUUUCAACAUCUGUCUCCAGAAACUCUUGGGAAAAAAAAAAAAAAUCAGCUUGGCUUUGGUUUCCGUCUGACACAAGAGACCACCUUUAAAUCAGAUCUGGAGGAUCACCAACGGGAUACAUUUUUCAAGGAUGGACAGAGAAACAUUUUUGCCUUAAUGCACUAAAUGUACGACGAAGAAUCCUCUGAAAAAAGUUGACACUCUUUGACCAAAUGCAAUCCCCAUCCACCAAUUUGGCACAAACGCUUCCAGGACAGGCGCACAGUACAUUUGUCUAGGUAAAAUGUACUCAAAUUGAAGAAAAUUUACUCAGAAACAAAUAAUUUGGUUCCUCUCACUGAAAAAAAAAAUCUAAUUUACUUAGACAAAUUUACUGUGCUUAAACCAGAUUUGACCAGUUUUCUGUUUUCAUAAGAUAUUUAUUAAUAUAUGAUGGGGUGUAACUGAGUGAAAUGAUUUCCCCACAUUAGUUUUCACAUUAAUUUCAAAACGCUGUCUCUGAUAUCGAUCAUGAGGCUGGCUGCUGCCCAAAAAAUGGAACCAAGUGGAGCUUGGCACUGGUUAGACUGCUGUGCGAGAAAUGACCACAAGGGGGAGCUAGAUGACUUGGAGAAAGGAGCAACGACGCAUGUUCCAUCCAGGGAUUUUUCUGCUCAGUCCCUCCUUUGCAUUUGUUUUAAAUCACACUUGCAAAAGCUACCUUUAAUGGACAUAAAAAAAAGAAUAUAUGCAGCCAUUUUUUAAUUUUCCUUGCUUUGCUUUCUUGUGACGAAUCUGUUGACACGUGGUUGACCGGAUCUACCUUCUCCAGGUGUUUGACGAGAGAAAACUUCUGUUUCCCUGUAGCAAAAACAGAAUGUAUUUUUCUAUGUUUUCUGUCCGUUUCAGCAUGAAAUGUGCAGCCUCCUUGCGUUGUACUUGUGUUGAGCAGAUGUUUUAAAACAAAACUGAUGUCAUGCGUGAACUUUAUCACAAUACUGUUAGAUAUUAGAACAAAAAGUCCCUAGAAAAGAAAAAAAAAAAUAUUUAAUUUUUGUUGAGAAAAUUGCCUGGUUUUUGUGUCUUGGUACAGAUUUUAGGAGCAAUUUUCUGUUUUGCCCCCUUCUGAAGGAACAAGUGAACGUUUAGUAUGCAGGUCACUUUCCUUUCCUUUUUUACUGCAACUUCAGUGAAGUUAAUCGCCAGUUCAGCAUCACACAAGCAGAGCAUUUGACCAGAGUUGCCUCUUGGAAGGUCCCGCAGAGUAUUUAUUGUGUAAAAGAGAGCUCGACUGACCACAUUUUUGCAACCUAGAAUUACUAAAUGCUACUCGAAAACAAGUGUUAAUGUGUGCCAUGUGUGAUAUGAUAGUAUGUGGUACUGAGUCAUGUAAGCUGUAGAUACAAAAUGUACUAAUGUGUUGUUUUUCAGGAACAUCCUUAUUGGGUUUUUUUUUGUUUUGUUUUGUUUCUUCUUAACUACAUAAAUGGCAAUUGUGGAACUAUAUUAAAUGCAACUUGUUAUUCUUAGAGAAAAUAUGCCAAACGUGUAUGAGUAAAUAUUUGAAGAUUUG